UGCACCGUUGAGUGGAGCACUUUUCCUUUCGCAACGCAUUUUCCUAUAUAAUGUAAUUGUUUUUAAUUGGCAACGAAGACAGUAAUAUAUGCAGCAUGGUGCAAAUUGAACUUUUGGUGGUCAUCACUUUCGCUGUUCUCGUGUGUAGUAGCGAAGUCGAAGAUGUGGAACAAAAGAAGCGAGGAGCCGGGAAAGGCACCAGCUUGAAUUCCAUCCCGACGGGCGCGCAGAAACCUGAAUACACCUACAGCAUUUACUCGCAGAGUUCUGGUACUUCAAACAACUCGCCGAGUUCCACAUAUCAGUCUCCUAAUCCUUCAUAUCAGUCAAGUGUUCCAAACUCUUUUUAUCCAUCACAAAAUGCACAAUACUACAAUUCAAAUAGUUUAUCCUCUGAUACUUCGUAUCAGCAACCACCGCAGAUAAAUCUGCCUCCAACUACUUCGUCCCAAUUCGUUCCUUUGAACUUUAUACCAAAUCCUGGCUACCAAGCGAAAUACCAGCUCGUGCCUUCAAAGGCAUCUAACGGUAACAUACAAUUAGCUAUUAUACAACAACCCACCAGUUUUCCGUCACCUGCAUAUCUUCAGUAUCCACAAUCAUUGUUAUCACCUAAUCCGAAUCAAAUUCAUGGCCAACAAAAUCCAUUUGGAUCAAUAUCUCCUCACGGUCUCAACGUAGCUGCAGGUUUCCAGCCCUUAUCGCUAAAUAGUCCGUACCUAGGGCAACAGUCCGCUAUGCUAUUGCUUUCCCAGCCUAAUCCCUCUCUGUACAACAAUCUUCUAUACCCGAAUCCAGUGCCAAGUUUCUACAAUUAUUACCCGUCGAAUUCUCAAGCGAAAUAUAAUGUUGCAUAUGGUGGUACGUCUCAGUCGCCGGAAUAUGAUAAAUUGCAAGGCCCUCUGACAAGUCAGAAUCUUCCAAAGGACGAUAGUGAUGUGCAUAGCACCGAAUAUAUAUCUAGUGAUGUGAAUAACUAUAAAAGCGCGUACGCAACGAGUCGUGGGCCAUAUGCUAAAUUAAAAUGAUUUUAUCAAUAGGUUGUAAUCAUUUUGAUCGAUUAGCUAGUUAUGUUCAACACUUUAUACGUGUGCACGUUGCCAUCUGUUUUUUUUUCUUUUUAAUUUUAUUUAUUAUUCGAAGACUGGUUUUAAUUUUGUUGUGUUAAUAGAUAAUUGUUGUUAUUUUAUUGUUAAGUGAAGCAUGUAUAAUAUUAUUAUUGAUACACGACUAAUUCGAGUAUGUUAACUUUCAUUGUAUUACAUUGAAAUUAUCUUGUUAAUCGUACGCGUAUAUGCGUACUUUGUUGUUAAUAUUUAAUUAUUUUUUUCUAUUACAAAAUAUAUUAGAAGAAUUCUGAAUAGAAGUG